UGGUCGCGAUGGAGCGGAUGGAAGAUCUAACGGCUGCUUGGCUCGAAACUGAACCUGGGGCUCAAUGGAUGGUCAAGGAGGGCACCAAAUCCUUCAAUUGUGGACUCUUCCGCGCCCAGCAGGUCUUCCGCGACAAACUGGCUCAGCUCCCCAAAGGAUUCACUCUCCCCGACCUCGGCUUUCCCCCUCCUUGCCGCUCCCUGGCCGAGUUCGACCCCCGCCCUUAUUUGAACGAAGGGAGCUCAAGCGCGUCUGAAGAGGAGGAAGGAGGAGAAGAAGACGGCCCAGGCGAUCAAAAUCCGGGGACUAGCUUAGCCACAUCCAAGGCGGGAAUUCCUGUCUCCUUGAACCUUUCCGAUGGGCCGGCUCCUUCUUCGCCGGAGCUUGCCUCCUCCCCCAGGUCAGUCAAUUCUAAUGACUGGGGGGGGCUAGACCCAUACGAAUUCUGUCGCCGGCAGUGGCCAUCGGUGAAACCGCCGCCACUACCACCAAACCCUUAUGAUGACUUCAGUGAAGCAUACAAGGCCCUCUCCGCCAACCGCCUGCCUGACGGAAGGAUUGACUGGGACGCUCCAUGCCCCCUCCAUUCCCUGCAAUACAUGGCCUGGGAGAGCUUUCAGGAUGAGCACUUACCCCUCCUGGAGCAUGAGUGCGCAUACUACGCGAGUCUUGAGCGAUGGACUGGCGAAAGUCGCACCAGUUCGCCGGUGAGGCCUAAGGAGGAGGUUGUGUUGGGGGAAGAACUGGGUUCCAGUCCACCUCGCCCCUCCGACCGUUCAACUUCCCGGAGAACCCGUAGGCGACCUGGAGUAGCUCGAUCGGCUUCAGGAUCUCCAUCCUCAUCUAGGUGAUGCUGGUUGGGGUUCUGGGGGCGACCGACCCUGUUCCGCGUCGGGGAAGAAAAGUGGUCGUCCCGGACGGCCGGUGAUCGGAGUUCCACCGGCCCAUGGAGCUGCAGAACUAACCUUCAAACCUGCCUGUCCCCCCUAGGCCUUUUGCUCGCAAAACUUUAGAUUG